AUGCCCUGCUCCAGGAAUCCCAGCCCAGGGAUGUCCCCGGACAGCGGCGACUUGAGUGGUCUGAGCCCUGUGGCGCCCCCAAGGGGCCUGAGGAAGCCUCCUGCAGAUAAGAGAGCCCAGUCCUUGGACCGGCAGGUUCCCAAGAAAAACUCUGAGUCCUUGAACUCCAAGUACCCCUCCGGGCCCACCCACAAGAAGGUGCUUCGCCGGACAUCCAGUGAUGUGGCCAGAGGUUCUGGGAACCCAUCUCACUUUGCAGAGGUCCAGGAAGCUGUGGUCACAGCCCUCCCUCUGGGAGAGGGGAGCGAAUUUCUCUCCUGUGAGCAUGGGCCCCCAGAAGACACUAAGAAAGAGAAGCCCCCGAAGCAAACCCAGCAGAGCUGGGCCAGUAUGUUGCUAAAUAUCUUUUUACCAAGGACUGGUCUAGAGGAGUCCAGAGAAAAGGCCAGCAGGAAGUCAAAGGGGAAAGGGCAGACCAGCAAGUCCCCAGAGGCAGGGGAGGAGCCUGGCCUCAGGAAGAAAUCCCAGGAGAAGAGGACCAGCCACAAGCAUGGUCACAGGAAGCCUGCUGCUGAGGAGGCCACAGGGCCCCAGAGCUCAGAGGCAGAAGGCCAAGAAGACAUACUGCCCAGCUUGGCUGCCUCACAGUCCCAGGGAGCGGACCUGGGGCUGAUCUGCAGGGGGAGACCAGAUCCUGAAAUUCCCCAGGCUUUGCCCGUUGAGGAAGGCCAUGCUGACUCCUCAGAGAGCUCUGCUGGAGUUGCAGGUGCCCCAUCGGAAGAGGACCCCCAGAAGCCUGACCAGGAUGAAGUCAUCUGGAAGAUUGUGGAAUUACUCAAGAAAGCCGGAGACCAUUUGGAGGAAGAGCAAGUCCCUCAGCCGGAAGUCGUGCCCCCAAACCCACUGCCGCCCCCCAGGAAGAAAUCUCAGGAGAGGAAGGCCAGCCUGAAGAGAGCCUUGUCCCUCAAGAAGCCUGCCUCGGAGGAACCCAAGAGAGGGGGUGCAGCCACUGCCGUUGGUCCAGAAACACGGCCCAAGAGGCCCGGCUACCUACCCCUGUGUAUUAGCGGCCAGCGAGCUUCCACCUCCAGCAACCGUGACUCCGAGGAGCCCAGAUCCCAGGAGGUCCCAUCUGUGGACGGUGGAUGCCCAAAUUCCUCUGAGCUUCACACCCCAGCUGAAUGUCAGGGACCAGUGGAGAGGCCACCGAGGGACAAAGCCUGGGAAUCCCGAGAAUUCAGGCGGAAGAUCCUGGCCCUACUCCAAAGCUCAGAGGAACAGAAUGGGGAACAGCAAGUUCAAGUCCAGGAGGCAGAGGAGGCUGGAGAAAGCCCCGCACCCGCCUGCAAGGUGAAAUCUCAAAGGAAGAAGUCCAACCUCCGGCGCGCCUUUUCCCUCAGGAAACACGGCUCCAAGGAUUCCAAGAGACCAGAGGCUUCGGGGACCCUGGCUGCUGCCAGCCCAGAGGCCCGGCCACCCAAGAGGCACGGCUUCCUGCCCAUGUGUGUCGGUGGCCACAGAGCUUCCAUCUCCAGCGGUCCAGAAGACCUGGAGUUCCAGAAGCUGGAGGCUACAAGAGGGGAACCAUCUGGGUCCCCAGAAGGGUCUUUCCAGGCCAGAAGCCACGACCCAGAUGAGCAGCCUCUACCAGAGGGAGCCUGGGAAUCUAAGGAAUCCAUCAUCCAUAAGUUGGUAGAAGGUCUCCAAGAGGUGGACAGCGACCUAGGGAGGCAGAUCCGGAAGUACCCCAGCUUCAAAAAGUUUUUUAAUGGGUUCUCAGAUGCCUCCCUCAGAAAGCUGGUGGCCUCCUUAGACAGACAGAAGGCCCGCCUCUCAGAGGAAGACAGGAGCCCUGUCAACAGACCGCCACCAUGUGCCUUUGGCUCACUUAAGUUUUCUGCCAACCACAGCUGUGCCAUCUGCACCCUCAUGCAGUCCAGAGGGCAAUACAAGGGACACAGUUAUGCCCACUUCCUGUCCAGCAAGGCCCAGCAGAACAUCACGAGCCUGGCUGGCCAGAGUCCAGACUGAAGGCCAAAUCUCAUACCCAAGUUCUUUCGGACUAGUUCAGAGUCAGCGGCUUUGACCUAGAGGCCCCGAAGACACUGCAGAAUGGCACGGUUCUAAGCUUCUCAAACCCGUCUGGAGAAUGGACAACGAUGCUCUGUGUAGUUGGCACUGUCUGAGAAUGUUUUUCUUUCUGGAACUCGGACCCAGAAGCCAUGUUAGGGGUGGGCACUGGGUUCGGGUAAGGAGAGCAGGCUCUAACCACUGAACCUGAGGAGAGGCCUCAACUCUGCAUCUCUGCAUCGCACCAUCGUGAAGCAGGCCAACUGACACCAGCCAGAGCCAGCUUCCAAUGAGUCUUAGCUAGGGGUGUGUGUGAGCCUGUGUGUGUCUUUGUUGGGGUUAUGUAGGGUGUGGCUUUAGGUCAGAGGUCAACCUCAGAUGGCCGAUUCCAGUUCCAUCUACCUUGUUUUCCUGAGAUAGGAUCUGUCACUGGCCUGGGACUGGCCUAGUAGGUUUGUGUAAUGUUGAGAGCCUCAGGGACCCUUCUGUUUCUGCCUCUCCAGUGCUGACAUCACAACCAUGUGCCACCACACCCCACCAUAAACGGGUUGUAAUGACAUGCUCCCAUGACCUAGGGCAUGCAGCCUUCAUUCUGUCUUUCUGUAUGUUGUGAUGAGAUGCUCCCAUGACCUAGGACACACAGUCUUUGUCCUGUCCUGCAUGUUGUGAACAUGAAUCAGUCUCCCAGCAGGUGGAGUGUCCUGAGACGGCUCCUCUUGUAGACAAAGUCUAUUUGCACAACUAUGAGAUGUGGGUGCAAAAGGCCACCCAGCUGGCCAGUGACACAGGUGGGCAGCUUGACACACUCAGGUGAUAGGGCCACUGACUCCCUGGGCUGUCAGC